UAGGUUCCCAAGCAGUUUACGCUCACCUCCUACAAUAAGAGAGGGUGCGCGCACAAACCAGUUGUGUUCGUUCCUGCAACACAUCUGUGCACAAUGUUUGUGUUCCUUGUGUUAUUUAUGUUUGUGUUUGUAGAAGCAGGAGAUAUAAAUAGACAAUCUAUAAUUUUUAACGAAAAAACCCCAGAUGUGUUCUACUGCCCACAGGAGAAACCCAUAUCUGUGGACAGAAUGCUGGUCAAAUCUAAACCAAUGAAAAAACUCUGUGAAUACGAAGGCCGACCCCUACCUGAAGAUUAUAAAUCAGACUGCUGGAACGAUGUUGACGAAACAGAGUUUGCUUGCCAGGAGAAGAAGAGAAUCCAACUCCGUCUUGAACCUCCUGGUCAUGAGAACGGUAUCCUGGACAAUUAUGUUCCAAUCUUCAGAGAAGGAGAAUAUAAAAUACGAAGAACUGAAGAUUUAGAUUUAUCAAAAAUUCUUUAAUUCGUCAUUUAAACUUUAGAAUUUAUAAUUCUUUUAGAUUAGAAGGCGUUAACAUAAAAACAAAAAAAAUUUAAGUAUGUAUAGAUUACAAGGCAAAAUUGCAAGACGACAUUCUAGAAAUAAACCUAUUUAACCCCAAGAAGGUUUAAAACAAGUUUAUAACCUUUCUACAAAAACACAUUAAAGAGGAAUUUGAACCCAAAAAAACAUUAAAAAUUCAGUUGCCGUUAUGUCUCUCUAAAAAUACUUGACAAAACAAAACAAUUAACCCAGAAAGCCAAACAGCUAAACAAGAAGAAAGAAGGGGUGGGGGAAUUUUAACAAUCUAACUCCAAAUAUUUCAGAUAUUUUUAAAACUUUAUUCAGCUGAGGAAGCAUGUAAAAUGUCCUAGUAAAUAUUCCUCUAACUAUAUAUAUAUCUAGUUUAAACAAAUAAAUUAGUUGUAAUUUCUGUAAAUUUACCCGGUUAUAACUUACAAUUGCUAAUCAUGUAAUUUUAGUUUACACAGUAUUUAAAAAUAAAAAAAUAAAUCUGUAA